UGCUGUGCCAUUUGGAGUCUUCACAGCCAAAUGGCUUGGGGCUGGGAAUUUUUUCCCCUCAACGCUAGUCUUUCCUAAAUACAUUGCUUUUCUUAGAGAAUGCUUUAGGUUUUUUUUUUUUUUUAAUUGCAAGAAUCUGUGCUACAAUAUCUGCUUCGAUCUCACUCAUUGUGCUCGAAGGGAGGAAAACAGCUAUUAAUUCGCCUUCUCAUAUCUUAUUUAUAAGAUCCAUUCUUUGUUAUUGCUCUGCUAAUGUUAAAACAUAUUUAGAACAUGUAAGUGCAGCUGUCAGCUCUGGACAGUUUCAGUCUUCUAGAAGCCAAAAUGGGACACAGUAAACAGAUUCGAAUUUUACUACUGAACGAAAUGGAAAAGCUGGAAAAGACCCUCUUCAGACUUGAACAAGGAUUUGAGCUACAAUUUCGAUUAGGCCCAACUUUACAGGGAAAACCAGUUACUGUAUUUACAAAUUAUCCAUUUCCUGGAGAAACAUUUAAUCGAGAAAAAUUCCGGUCCCUGGAGUGGGAAAAUCCAACAGAAAGAGAAGAUGAUUCUGAUAAAUACUGCAAACUCAAUCUGCAACAGUCUGGUUCAUUUCAGUAUUACUUCCUUCAAGGAAAUGAGAAAAGUGGUGGAGGUUACAUAGUUGUGGAUCCUAUUUUACGUGUUGGUGCUGAUAAUCACAUGUUACACUUGGACUGUGUCACUCUCCAGACAUUUUUAGCCAAGUGUUUGGGACCCUUUGAUGAAUGGGAAAGCAGACUUAGGGUUGCAAAAGAAUCAGGUUACAACAUGAUCCAUUUUACCCCACUGCAGACUCUUGGACUGUCUAGGUCGUGCUACUCCCUUGCUGACCAAUUAGAAUUAAAUCCCGACUUCUCAAGGCCUCAUAAAAAAUACACGUGGAGUGAUGUGGGACAGUUAGUGGAAAAACUGAAAAGGGAAUGGAAUGUUCUUUGCAUUACAGAUGUUGUCUACAAUCAUACCGCUGCUAAUAGUAAAUGGAUUCAGGAACAUCCAGAAUGUGCAUAUAAUCUUGUGAACUCACCACACUUAAAACCUGCCUGGGUCUUAGACAGAGCACUGUGGCAUUUCUCCUGUGAUGUUGCGGAAGGAAAAUACAAAAACAGAGGAGUACCUGCUUUGAUUGAGAAUGAUCAUCAUUUGAAUUGCAUUCGAAAAGUAAUUUGGGAGGAUAUUUUUCCAAAGCUUCAUCUCUGGGAAUUUUUCCAAGUAGACGUUUACAAAGCAGUUGAGAAAUUUAGAGGACUUCUAACACAAGAAACUUGGAGGGUAAUCAAGUCAGAUCCAAAACAACAUCUCAAGAUUAUCCAGGAUCCUGAAUACAGACGGUUUGGCUGUACUGUAGAUAUGAACAUUGCACUAGCAACUUUCAUACCACACGACAAUGGGCCAGCUGCAAUUGAAGAAUGCUGUAACUGGUUCCGGAAGAGAAUUGAGGAAUUAAAUUCAGAGAAGCAUCAACUCAUGAACUAUCAUCAGGAACAGGCAGUUAACUGUCUUUUGGGAAAUGUGUUUUAUGAACGACUGGCUGGCCAUGGUCCUAAAUUAGGACCUGUCACUAGAAAAUAUCCUUUAGUUACCAGGUACUUUACUUUUCCAUUUGAGGAAAUGCCUGUAUCUACAGAAGAAACUAUGAUUCACCUCCCAAACAAAGCUUGUUUCUUCAUGGCACAUAAUGGUUGGGUAAUGGGAGAUGAUCCUCUUCGAAACUUUGCUGAACCAGGUUCAGAUGUUUAUUUAAGAAGAGAACUUAUUUGCUGGGGAGACAGUGUUAAAUUACGCUAUGGAACUAAACCAGAGGACUGUCCUUAUCUCUGGGCACACAUGAGAAAAUACACUGAAAUAAUUGCAACUUAUUUCCAAGGAGUACGUCUUGAUAAUUGCCAUUCAACACCUCUUCAUGUAGCCGAGUACAUGUUGGAUGCUGCUAGGAAAUUGCAACCCAAUUUAUAUGUAGUAGCCGAACUGUUCACAGGAAGUGAAGAUCUGGACAACAUCUUUGUUACCAGACUGGGCAUUAGUUCCUUAAUAAGAGAGGCAAUGAGUGCAUAUAAUAGUCAUGAAGAAGGCAGAUUAGUUUACCGAUAUGGAGGAGAACCUGUUGGAUCCUUUGUUCAGCCCUGUUUGAGGCCUUUAAUGCCGGCCAUCGCACACGCUCUGUUUAUGGAUAUUACCCAUGAUAAUGAGUGCCCUAUUGUGCAUAGAUCAGUGUACGAUGCUCUUCCAAGUACCACAAUUGUUUCUAUGGCUUGUUGUGCUAGUGGAAGUACAAGGGGCUAUGAUGAAUUAGUGCCACAUCAGAUUUCAGUGGUUUCUGAAGAACGUUUUUACACUAAAUGGAACCCUGAAGCCUUGCCAUCAAAUGCUGGUGAAGUUAAUUUCCAAAGUGGAAUUAUUGCAGCCAGGUGUGCUAUCAAUAAACUUCAUCAAGAGCUUGGAGCCAAAGGUUUUAUUCAGGUGUAUGUGGAUCAAGUUGAUGAAGAUAUAGUGGCAGUAACAAGACACUCACCAAGUAUCCAUCAGUCUGUUGUGGCCGUAUCUAGAACUGCUUUCAGGAAUCCCAAGACUUCAUUUUACAGCAAGGAUGUGCCUCAAAUGUGCAUCCCUGGUAAAAUUGAAGAAGUAGUUCUUGAAGCUCGAACUAUUGAGAGAAAUAUAAGUCCUUACAGGAAGGAUGAGAAUUCGAUAAAUGGAAUGCCAAAUAUCACAGUAGAAAUUAGAGAACAUAUUCAGCUUAAUGAAAGUAGAAUUGUUAAACAAGCUGGAGUUACUACAAAAGGUCCCAAUGAAUAUAUUCAAGAAAUAGAAUUUGAAAACUUGUCUCCAGGAAGUGUUAUUAUAUUCAGAGUUAGUCUUGAUCCACAUGCACAAGUUGCUGUUGGAAUUCUUCGAAAUCAUCUGACACAGUUCAGUGCUCACUUUAAAGCAGGAAGCCUUGCUGUUGACAACUCAGAUCCAAUAUUAAAAAUUCCUUUUGCUUCUAUUGCCUCCAAAUUAACUUUAGCUGAGAUAAAUCAGAUACUUUACCGGUGUGAAUCAGAAGAACAAGAAGAUGGUGGAGGAUGCUAUGACAUACCAAACUGGUCUUCCCUUAAAUAUGCAGGUCUGCAAGGGUUAAUGUCCGUAUUGGCAGAAAUACGACCAAAGAAUGACUUGGGACACCCUUUCUGUGAUAAUUUGCGGUCUGGAGAUUGGAUGAUUGACUAUGUCAGUGGCCGGCUUAUUUCACGAUCAGGAACUAUUGCUGAAGUUGGUAAAUGGUUGCAGGCUAUGUUCUUCUACCUGAAGCAGAUCCCACGUUAUCUUAUACCAUGUUACUUUGAUGCUAUAUUAAUUGGUGCAUACACCACUCUUCUGGAUAUAGCAUGGAAGCAAAUGUCAAGUUUUGUUCAGACUGGUUCAACCUUUGUCAAACACCUCUCUCUGGGUUCAGUCCAAAUGUGUGGAGUAGGAAAAUUCCCUUCUCUGCCACUUCUUUCACCUUCACUUACGGAUGUCCCAUAUAGGCUAAAUGAGAUCACAAAAGAAAAGGAGCAAUGUUGUGUUUCUCUGGCUGCAGGCUUACCUCAUUUUUCUUCUGGUAUUUUUCGCUGUUGGGGAAGAGACACUUUUAUUGCACUUAGAGGUUUGCUGCUGAUUACUGGACGCUACUUAGAAGCCAGGAAUAUUAUUUUAGCAUUUGCUGGUACCCUGAGGCAUGGUCUCAUUCCUAAUCUCCUGGGUGAAGGAACUUAUGCCAGAUACAAUUGCCGUGAUGCUGUGUGGUGGUGGCUACAGUGUAUUCAGGAUUACUGUAAAAUGGUUCCAAAUGGUCUAGACAUCCUCAAGUGCCCAGUCUCCAGAAUGUAUCCUACAGAUGAUUCUGCCCCUUUGCCUGCUGGCACACUGGAUCAGCCAUUGUUUGAUGUAAUACAGGAGGCUAUGCAAAGACACAUGCAGGGCAUCCAGUUUCGGGAAAGGAAUGCUGGUCCACAAAUAGACCGAAACAUGAAGGAUGAAGGUUUUACUGUAAUUGCUGGGGUUAAUGAAGAAACAGGAUUUGUUUAUGGAGGAAAUCGCUUCAAUUGUGGUACGUGGAUGGAUAAAAUGGGAGAAAGUGACAGAGCGAGAAACAGAGGGAUCCCAGCCACUCCCAGAGAUGGGUCUGCUGUGGAAAUUGUGGGCCUAUGUAAAUCUACAGUUCGUUGGUUGCUGGAGUUAUCCAAAAAAAAUAUUUUCCCUUAUCAUGAAGUCAGAGUAAAAAGACAUGGAAAGGUGGUAACGGUCUCAUAUGAGGAGUGGAACAGGAAAAUACAAGACAACUUUGAAAAGCGGUUUCAUGUUUCAGAAGAUCCUUCAGCAUCCAAUGAAGAACAUCCAAAUCUGGUUCACAAGCGUGGCAUCUACAAAGAUAGUUACGGAGCUUCAAGUCCUUGGUGUGACUACCAGCUCAGGCCCAACUUUACAAUAGCAAUGGUUGUGGCCCCAGAACUCUUUACUGCAGAAAAAGCAUGGAAAGCUUUGGAGAUUGCAGAAAAAAAAUUGCUUGGUCCCCUGGGCAUGAAAACUUUAGAUCCAGAUGAUAUGGUUUACUGUGGAAUUUACGACAAUGCCUUAGACAAUGACAACUAUAAUCUUGCUAAAGGUUUCAAUUAUCACCAAGGACCUGAGUGGCUGUGGCCUGUUGGUUAUUUUCUUCGUGCAAAACUAUAUUUUUCCAAAUUGAUGGAUCGGGAGACUAAUGCAAGGACUAUAUUUUUGGUUAAAAAUGUUCUUUCUCGGCAUUAUGUUCAUCUUGAGAGGUCCCCUUGGAAAGGACUCCCAGAACUGACCAACGAGAAUGGCCAGUACUGUCCUUUCAGCUGUGAAACACAAGCCUGGUCAAUUGCUACUAUUCUUGAAACACUUUAUGAUUUAUAAUUCAUUUGUGUAUAUUUAAUAAGCAUGUGAUCACUUAUGUUAUGGAAUGCAAGGUCAUAAUACAGUCAAAAUGCCUUCUCUGCAUAAGCUCAAGUUAUUUUAAAAAUCUCAUUCAUAUAAUAUUGAUGCCCAAUUGGGUAAAAUUAUAAAAGAAUUGAUUUUUAUUAAUGUACAAAGAUAGGUAACUUUCAUUUUGAAUCAGAAAGAAAGAUUAUCAAUACCAAAGGACUAUUUUGGGAUUCCUAGGUAUCUAAAGAAUUAUGAACCCAAAUUUGAAAAAAAAUCAUGUAAUCUUCCAUUUGUUUUAAACAAAUAAAAUAUGAAAAUGGAAAAUAUCUUUAAGUUGUGAUAUCUGUUAUAUACAGUAACAAUAUAUAAUGCAUAGGCCAAGGUCAUUAAUAUUCUUAUCAUUUACUGUAGUAUUUUUCAUACCUUGCACAAUGCAUUCAAUAAAUAUUUAGUCAGUGUUGAAUGAUGGAAUUUUCCACAAUAAUAUAUUUUCAUAAAUGGAGCAUAGAUUUCAAAAUGUGCUUUUCUUUUUUUUCACUGAUAUAUGUUUUUUAGUGUAAUGAAUGCCAGCAGUAUAUUUAACAUAUUUUACUUAUGCUAAUGAUGCAUAGGAUAUAUGAAAAGACAAAGCAUUAGGAAAUUUAUUUCCUAAAAAUUUCCUGAAAUUAGUCUGGAGUUCCAGUCUGCUGUAAUGAGAUGAAUUUACAUUUUCAAAAUGAAAAUUGUUGGGCGUAUUUAUGACAACUUUAAAGAAAAAAUGUUAUAUUAAUUUUCUAAAACUUAACUGUGGUUUGUGUGCAAAAAUCUAUUGAUAGAUCUUAGUUGAUAUUGGUUUUCUAUUAAUGAAAACCUACAUUAAGAAGUUUAGCAUUAAGAUCAAUCUUGAUAUAAUAAAAAUAGAGAUAUGAAUUAAGUAGUUAUCUUAAAUUCAAUGAAAUAAUUUGAGUCCUUUUUUAUUUUGUUAUUUUAAAACAUCUUAAAUCUAAAAAAGUCAUAAAAAGAAAAUAUUUUUAACAUUUAUACAAGUUGACAUUUUUUGAAAUUACUUAUUUCCUAGAUGGAAUUUUUUUACUGUUUUACAGUUUUUGUCUCAAGACACUUGAGUCAAAAUUUGAUCAUUAUACUUUCAGCUGGAAGAGAGUAGUCGCAAAAAUCAUUUCAUUGCUAAUUUACAGUUAAUAAAAUAAUGGUUCAAUAGCACUUUUCUCAGAGGUUACAUACCCAACAACCUUAACUGUGACUAAGAAAUAAAGAAGAAAAACAAGUAAACUAAACUUCUGGAUGGCAAAAAUAUGUAAAUGUUUCGGAUGUCAAAUACCUGUGCUUGAAAGAUAACCAGCACACCCUACUUUAGAAAUGGUCUUAACUUCAUUUCCUGGAUUCCUAGCCUAAAGCAGAUUGAAUCUUACACAUUUAAGAGCAGUUGUGAUAAUCAUCUGACCACUCUGUGUAAACACUUCCUUUAUUUUUUCAAUUCCUUUCUUGUUCAGUAUAUAACCCUCUAAACUGUUCAGGUAAAAGGAAUGACCUUUAAGAGAACCAUUAUAAUCCAUCAAAGUUUUGUGUGACUUACGUGUUGCUCUACCCUAAUGUUUGUAUUAAAGGAAAUAAGGAAAGUAGGAGAAAACCAGGGUAUUAAACGAAAACAAGAAGAAACUGCUGACAGUUAAAUCUGACUAAAUGAUUUGACAAUUUUUAAAACAGAGCCAUAUUAGGUUAUCUAAAGUAGGGCACCUUGGUAAAUUUUUAGGAUAUUGAUUUGCACCAUAAACUAAGUGGUUCAUAAUCGUGAUGAUGAAUAUUAACAAAAGAAUGUUAGAAUAUUCUGCAUGGUUUAUUUUAAAGUUUUAAGAAGGCAUGUUAACACGAUACCAUUCAUGGUAGUGAAAAUAACAGUUUUAGGCUUUGAAGGAUAAAAAGUCAUUUGUCUAAAGAAGAGUUAGGUAGAAUGCUUCAUUCCUGAUUGAUGCUGGAUAGGAAGUUACUAUAUUACAUGUCAACAGUGGUCUGUACCUUGGUUUUUCACUUAUCCAAAUCAUUCUUCCUUUUUAACGUGAGAAGUAAACUUGCCAGUUUCACCAGUAUGCUGUAACAUUUUAAUAAUUUUUCAAAUAUAACUGAAGAAACAUGAGACCUGUCAGAUUAAUGACCAUUGUAACAUAUGUGCAUUGUAAUCCAUUUCUGAUAUGUCUUAAGCUGCUCUCUAUAGUGAGCAAAUGUCAUUUUUAUGUCUGUGUGCUUGGAAAAUAAAAAUGUUUUUUAAAGGA